AUGACUUCCAGCCUCCAGCAGUGGGACGCCCAGCCGCCCCAGCUCGAGCAGUUCGUGAUCGACCAGGAAUACGACCAGUUCCUUCCUCAACCGUUUGGGCCAGACCAUCCUCAGCCAUCGUCCCAUUCGAUCACCCCUCGGUACCAACCCCAACCUAACACGGCACCCAGCUACAGCACGUUUCCCGGGGCCGAUACUCAACACGACCACCAACCCGCCUACGGGGCCCAAAAUGCCUGGUCUCUACCCCCCGAUCACGCAUUCGCCCUCUCCCAACCCCCUCAGCCCGCCCUAAAUCAGCAGCAGUACGGGCAGCAGCAGCAGCAGCACCGUCCGCCGCCGCCGAGCGCCUUCGCCCCGACGUCACCGCCCUAUUGGGCAAAUGCGCAACCGCCUCCGAUGCCGGGCGCGCGACGACCCGGGGUCUCGCCCGCCCCCGCCCCGGGACCCCAGAUCACCUCAGACCCCGCCGCCGCCUUCGUCACCUCCCCGACGUCGAUCGACGGCGCGUCCGGCGCCUACAACGCACCCGGCACCUUCGGCUACGGCGGCGGCGGCGGCGCACCGCCCAACACCGCGUACCGGCAACCGCAACAGCACUACCCGCCGUCCGCCUCUGCCGGUCCGGGUCCGGAAACGUCGGCCGCGCGCUCCUCCUCGCACUACCGCAGCCCCGCCGACGCGCGCCCGGCCCGGCCCCCCCAGCCACAGCUGCAGAUGCCCGCGAGCGGCGGCGGCACCGGCCUCAAACGGCAGCGCACGAACACGGUCGUCGACCCGUCCUCGUCCUCCGCGGCGGCGAGGGCGGCGGCGUACCGCGAGCCCGCGGACGCUUCGCACGCGUCGGAUAACGAGGACGAUGGAGAGGGCGAGCUCGAACGCGACGCGGGUCGUGUCACCCUCCAGCCCCGGGAGAGCCUGCGCGAGCGCGGCGCGUGCUCGCGGUGCAAGAUGCUCAAGGUCAAGUGCGUGCGCGACCCGGACCUGAGCAUCAGCAAGGGCCUCGACCCGGACGUCUGUCGGCGAUGCAUGAACGGCGGACACGAGUGCGUCGUACCAGGGAAAAGACCUCGCAAGCAGCCGCCAAAACGAGGCGACCUGAUGCAGCGCAUCCAAGCCCAGGCCGCCCACAUCGAGCGCCUCAUGAAGCAGCUCGAAGCCGCCACGUUGGCCGCCAACGACAAACACCAGGGCGCGCACCGGCCCCAGAACGUGUCGGUGCCCACCCCCAGCCUCUCCGUAUCAGCUCCCUACCUCAUGUCGCCGCUCUCGAACGCGUCGCACAGCGGCAUCUCCGCCGACUCGCGCUCGCCCGAGGCCGAGCGCGGCGACCCGCUCGACGACCGCGACCUCGGUCGCUACUCUCUCGGGCAGCCGCCGCCGCCCUCGACGGCCCCGGACCCGCGCGUGCAAGACUGGAUCGCGAAGGCGCGCGCGUCGUUCGAGCAGUUCGGCGGGUACAUCGGCAUGGGCGGCGCGCGGGGCGGGGGCGUGACGCGCGCGCUCGUGGCGGACGAGGACCCGGAGGACGAGGAGAGCUCGGACGAGUACGCGGACUACGACGUGCUCGACGAGGAGUCGGAGCUCGAUAUCGCGGUCGAGAGCGACGGCGAGUCGGCGGUCGUGGACGCCGGGAGCCCGUACGGGGUCAUGUCCGUCGGGCCGUCGCGCUCGCGCCGGGCGAGCAACAACCCGAGCGAGGACGGGAGCGGGGGAGGGGCGAGGAGGGAGCCGGCGGCGGGGACGAAGCAGAAGUUGGCGUCGUUGCCGACGGAGGCGGUCCCGUUUGGGCUGAUGGCGGAUAUGAGCUUGAAGAUGAAGGCGGGGAAGCAGCGCCCGGGGAAGAAGGGGAGCGGGACGGAGAGCGUGCCUGGCAGCCCCGAGAACACGACUGGAACCGCGGAAGCCUCCGGAGCUGGCCAGGGAGAUGCAUCAGGAGAUGUGGCGGAGGAGCAUCACGAAGAGAGAGUCGGUAUCGCCGACGAGGAUUACUUUAGGCCGAGUCCUGAGCCCGAGACGCGGGGACCGUCGAUCGUGGAUCCAUCACAUCAGGCGCCGCAUAUACUCGCCAAGGGUAUCGUGACGCCCGAUGAAGUGGAGAAGCUAUUCCGGAUUUAUUUCGACUAUAUGAACUGUUCGCUUUCUAUCCUCGAUCCCGUCCUCUACACUGCGAAGACGACAUAUUGGCGAAGUCCAUUCUUGUUCACAGUCAUCUGUGCCGUUGCGUCUCGCUACUAUGGCCUACGACCCGAGCUGUACGGGGAGUUGAUGAACUACGCUAGGCUUGCUGCUGGCACCGCCCUCAUUGGUGGCCCGAAGACGGUCGAAAACGUUUUUGCCUACAUAUUACUGGCUCUAUAUCCGCUACCCGUGAAGAAGUGGGAGGACGAUCGGACGUGGUUGUACCUCGGCUUGGCCAUCAGAAUCGCCACGGAUCUAAACCUGCAUCAUCCAUCUACGGCCAAGCCUCGGAACGAGAGCCACGCUCGGGAGCUGCUCAAUCGCACCCGAGCAUGGAUCAACUGCUUCAACCUCGACCGUUCGACGGGAUCACAAUAUGGGAAAUCUCCCAUCAUUCCGAAUCACGACUACGUCGCGAACCAUUCCGAGGAAUGGUGGCAUAGCUCGGAGUACAAUCUUAGAAACUUCGACAUCCACCUCAGCGGGUACAACGCAGAGUUGCGAUGCCUGUCGCAGUUCAGGGCCAAGGUGUACAGCGACCCUAAUCAUCCCACGUUGCUCAACAAGGACGCCGACAUUGGCAAGCUGGCGAUGGACACAGACGACAAGCUGCAAAACCUUUGGAAGGUGUGGACGGACAGGCUGAAGACGGUCGAUGCGGGAGAUGCGCAAGGCCAGUUCCGCAGCGGAAUCAUGAGUUUGGCGUACAGCUACGCGCGUCUUGCUGCUUUGUCGGUCGGAUUCCAACACGCCUUCGGUAAACGAGGGUCAAACCCUCACGAAUUCCUGCAAAGAUGUUGGCGUGCAGCUUCGGACGUCGUGACGGACUUCGCCAAUAAUCUAGGCACAGCGACUAACAGAAUCUUCCUUCGACAUGGCCCGGAGGCUCAAAGUGUCUUCGUUACGUUCGCCUGCGCGUUUCUUGUCAAGCUACUUCACCCCAAGUACGCAAACUACAUGACUGUCGAGCAGCGCCAGGGUAUCCGACCGAAGGUUCAGAGAAUCGCCGAACUACUUGGCUCACCCGACGUCGCCAUCGACGAUCGCCAUGCACCGAAGCUAUACUCGCACUUCUUGGAGAACCUCCUUGCUACACCUUUGGCGCGCGCGGACCCGACACUGCUACAUAAGCGCUCCUCGGCAGCCAGACGGAACGCCCCCAAGCAACGAACCGUGUCGCCCGCCACGUCUCCAACCGUGGAAUACGCAUCGUACUUCGAUGCUCCCCACUCGCGCUCGGCUCCGAAUUCGCACUACCCAUCUCCUACGGAGCAGAGGACGAGCGUGUCUCCACCGCCAGCGGCGACGACUUUCGGACAGCUGCCGACCUCGCCGACCUCGUCUGCGUUCCUGAACCCGCACGGGCUGGGUCUAGGCCUGAACCAGGAUCAUCCGACUCUCUUCAAUCCUCCGCUCGCCUUUGACGACGAGCUGAUGCAGACCAUGCAAACCGCUGUGGACCAGACCUUCUGGCCAGGCGUCUGGCCCGGCUUUGGCUGGAUGGGCCAGUUCAAUCACCAAAAUGACUCCGAUGUCCUCAUGGGCUCGGUGGAUCCGCGCAUGAUCGGCACAUUCUCGUCUUCAUGA